UGGAAUUAGCAUGUUGAGUAUCGUGUAGUCAAAGAACAGCAUUAUGAGCUGUAACCUGGGACUUCCUGGUCCUCUCACUUUUAUAAAUAGCCAGGUAAGGCAGGGGACAGCGAGCAGUCUGAAGACCAGUUGGCUCUGCCCACCGGGAGGAUGAAGUCUUCUCCUACUGCUUUCUCCUUCCUCUUUCUUGCAGCUGCUCUUGGGCUCCAGGCCCAGAUCAUACAUGCGACAGAGACAAAAGAAGUCCUGGAGGCAAAGGAAGGACUUGAACUUGACAUGCUUCCCCUGGGCUUUGGAGAGUCUCCAGACUGCUGCUUCUCCUAUACCUCAUGGAUCAAGUGUUCAAGAUUUGUAUAUUAUUUUCCAACCAGUGGUAGUUGUCUCAAGCCAGGCAUCAUCUUUGUCACCAAGAAGAGGAACCAGGUCUGUGCCAACCCCAGUGAUCAGAGAGUUCAGGAGUGCAUAAAAUGCCUGAGGCAAAACCUAAGACCUGGGAACCAAGCCAUUGUGUGAGAAGGAGGGCAUCUAUUGCCAACCACUUUCUUCUGCCUUCCCCAGUGACCGCCUAAGAGGUUGUCAGCGUUUUUUUUUUUUUGUUUGUUUGUUUUUAUUAAUAUAAAAACAUUUACUUUCCUGUUCUGGUUUAGAGCAACACAUCUAGCUUUGUCACAGGGGGAUCUUGUCUGUGCCAAGCCUAGUGAUCUGAAAACUGAGAAGUGCAUGAAAAGCCUGAUGCUGACCUCAGUGACAACACAUAACAUUUAAUUAAGACAAGGGGGCAAAGGCUGGAAAGAUGGCUCAGUGGUUAAGAGCACUGACUGCUCUUCCAGAGGACCUGGGUUCAAUUCCCACUCAGAUAGCAGCUCAAACUAUCUGUAAUUCCAAUUCCAGGGGAACUGAUACCCUAGUCUGCUCUUUAAUUAAUAGUAUUUACAGUAUUUUUUAUGAAUUCAGCUUGACAUGACUAGCACCACCUUGAGCUGUAACCAUGAUUGCCUCAGAAUGAAUAACUCUUGGGUUUUCUUGCAUAGUUUCCCAGCAGAUUAUAAAUGGAUAAACUAAGAGUGGUCUGUGGGGCUUGGGAAUGUGCCUGGUUCUGAUAUGAGCUUAAGGCAAGCCGGAUACAUUUAACUAGGAUGAAAUAAAUCCUGCCUUAGCCU